AUGGGUAUACCACCUAAAGUUCUAUUUGCGUUUUGCCAAGCUUUAACAGAGGACUGGAUGAGAAAGGAUGGUGCAUCAAGAUAUAAGAGUCAAUCUUUAGCCAACUUCGACGUAUCUACUCCAAUGUUCAAAAUAUUACCACCAUCGGGAAAUAACCCAAAUCUCAAUCACGAAUCAAAAAUCGAUAAACUACCUCUUAAAUUCGGCGAGUCUGAAUGGUCAUCUAGGGUUCCUUCUACUUUGAAUUGGUUCGAAGGUAUUAGUAUCGACAAUGAUUCGAAUAAUCAACUAGUUGUUUUUACAGAUGCCUUGAAGUUCCGAAAAAUUUACUGGCAGUACAACUCGAAUACCAACUUAUCCUUCCCUGAAACUAUUAUUAUGAAGCCCUUUCGAAUGGGAACACUAUCGCCAGAGUACUAUAUAAAUCGAGGCAAUAUUGGAAUAUCUUCUUAUGGAAAACAUGAGGUACCAACGGAAUCGGUGUUCUUUGAUGAGGAUAUGUUUGCGAUAUCUGUGAGAUUGCAAGAUGGCGUUGGGGUUACUGGUGUUUGUGUGCAUUCAACGUCAAGGUUGCAGACUAUUGGAAAACCCAAUGAUGAGUCAUCAAUAUAUUUCCAAAUUCAACCUCAUAAAGAGAGAAUUGAUAAAAUUUGGGUAUGGAAUUUCCCAGGGUUGUAUCUUACACAAGCACUUAGAGUAGACGCAUAG